AUGGUGGAUCAAAGUGAAGGGGACGCCUUUACUGAAAUAUUUCCUAAAGUGCUACAAGUAACGCGUGCAUCUUCAUCUUUGGGAGCUCAAGAUGUGAAUUUUUUGAAGUCGAUUGACAAAGAACUUUCAAAGGAGAUCGAUAACUCAGGAGAAAAAAUAUUAGAUGUGGUUAAUAAAUUGUUAAAGAAUGCUUCAAAUGAGGCUGUUGAGGUACCUUAUGGGAAGGAUGAAAUAAGUAACGAAGCAAGUUGGAAGAAAGUUGGGAAUUCACUAGACAGCAUAUUUGAGAAAGUUGAUAUUGCAUUUGAUCAAGCAAAUAAGCUUCAAGAGAAAAGCCGCAAUGGCGGUGAUCUUAUGUAUCUAGAAGAUACCAUAUCUGUUGAAAAUCCAAAUAGACAUCCAUCCAAAAGCAAUCUCAGACCUCAAUUAAAUUUUCGAGUUAAAGUUGAUAAUUCAGAGGAGACUCCUUUCAAGCCAAAAUUGACCACUAAGCCUAACGCUCUUCAAUCUUACGAACAAUCCACGCAACUAGUAGUGCCUGAGAAAGAAGAUGAUUCAGAUAUACAAGACCACCCCCAUUACAUGCAACCAUAUGAGUAUGAAAUACUAAACCAACCAUAUCCUGAUGCUAUGUUCUCCAAAAGUGAACCGAUUCGACCAACUGAUUGGCGAAACACUUCCGCAAUUUGGGUCGACUCAAUAGAGUCUUUGAAUGAAAUGAUCAAGGAGCUUUCCACACUGUCGGUAAUUGCUGUUGAUUUAGAACAUCAUGAUUAUAGAACCUAUUAUGGUAUUGUAUGUCUUAUGCAAAUUUCAAACAGAGACCAGGAUUGGAUAGUAGACACAUUAGUGCUUAGAGACGAUUUGGAACCAUUGAAUACUAUUUUCACUAAUCCUAAUAUAAUAAAAGUUUUUCAUGGUGCAUUUAUGGAUAUAAUUUGGUUACAAAGAGAUUUAGGAUUAUAUGUGGUAUCUUUAUUCGACACGUAUUUUGCAUCAAAAUUACUUGGGUUCCCCAAAUUCUCGCUAGCUUAUUUAUUGGAGGCUUUUGCGUCAUUCAAGACAUCCAAAAAGUAUCAACUAGCUGAUUGGAGAAUACGACCUUUGCUGUCAGCAAUGCUUGCUUAUGCGAGGUCUGAUACUCACUUUCUUUUAUAUGUUUUUGACCAAUUGAAGAAUAAACUCAUCGACGCUGGUAAUGAUAAGCUUCAAAAAGUAUUAUUUGAGUCAAGAGAGGUCGCAAGAAGAAGAUUCGAAUUUACAAAGUUCCGGCCCUUGUCACCUAAUUCUAAAAAGGUUGCCUGUCCUGUGAUGGCUAAUAACCCAAAGGAACCUUUUUCUUCAAUAAUGUAUCAGUAUCAUAUACCUUUUCAUAGAAAACCGUUGAUCGAAGCAUUGUACUAUUGGAGGGAUGCGAUUGCCAAACGUGAAGAUGAAUCAGUUCGUUACGUGAUGUCAAAUCAGUUGUUAGUCGAUUUAUCAUCUUUGAGCGAGCCUGUGGAUACUAAUAAGAUUCUCAGUUGUUCCAACUACAUAUCUGACCAUGUGAGAUCUAACGCCGCCAGCUUGGCGAUUUUAGUUGAGAAGACAUUAAAAGAAAUGGCAGAAAAUGACUGGGAGUUAGCCAACAAAUGGAGCAAUGACUCCGUCGUUAAAGAAGACGAUACGAUCCAAUUAAAUGAAAACUUUGUUUCAAAAUCUGCGGACGUAUUUGAAGCAUUGAGUGAGAAGCAAAAAAGCCAUCUUGAGGGAAACGAAUUACUUUGUUCUGAUUCAAUUUUUCUUACGGAUCAUACAAAGUUCUGCUAUGCCAUAGAUUAUGAUAUCAAAAAAAAAUUAGUUUCUAAGCAUGGUUUCAUGGAGAUAAAGUCAAGACUCGAGCAUUUACUGAACGAAUUAGAAAAAUUCAACCAUGUGGAGUUACAAAGUGUCGAAACGCCAAAUGAUGAGCCUGUUAGCUCCGAACAAGAGAUAUCUGAAGCCGAAGAAAGAAUGGAACCUGAAUCCCAAAAUGAAAAAUUGGAUCCGAAUGAAGUAAUCACGCUUCGUAAGCGCAACGUUCAGAAGCCUAAGGCUCAGAAGGAAGUUUCUCAAGAGCCUGCCUUAGAUUACAAUAGUCCUGAUAAGGUGCUUCUUACUAAUAAAUCUAAAAAGACGAAAAACGAGAGAAAAAGGAAGGCAUUUGACCCCUACAGCAAUCUAGGAGAUGGUCCUCCAGCCUUUAAGAGAUCUAGGGGUCCCACAAGAGGAAAGUCAUCUACUUUUAGUAAAAAAAGAAGCGGUAAAUAG